AAUCCAAGUGGCCACCUACCCUACCCCCUCCUUUGCCGGGAAGAAGCUGCAGCCUGCAGCUACCAGACGCACCCACCCCGCCAUGGCCAUCCAUCUCCGCGCCCACGCCUUCGCGGCGAACCCGCUGCGUGGCGUCUCCGCCUCCACCACCGCCGUCUCCCCCUCCGCCGCCGCCGAGGCCCUGCGCUCCCUCCUCGAGCCCAGCUCCCUCGCCGCCGCCGCGGACGCCGCCAGUCCCCAACCGCCGCACCUCUCCAAGAUACUCCCUUUCCGCCGGGGCCGCCCGCUCGCGCGCUCCCCGGAACCUCCUGCUGCCGCUGCUGCUCCCGCGGCGCCAGCCUGGCGCCUCGCGUGGCUCCCGCCCUCCCGCGUCCCAGGGUUGGCCCCGGACGCCUUCGUCUUCCUGGGCGCGCACGCCGAGGGGGACGGCAAGGAGGCCGCGGCGUACUGGGCCGUCGAUGUCAGCGACGGUGAGGGGCCGAGGGUCGACGGAGGCUCGGGGAACGGGGAUGGAUCGGCGUUUGUGGACCUGAGGACGCUCAUGGUGGCCACGGACUGGAGCGACAAGGAUGCCAUGGGGGACCUCGCCAUCGCCGGACAUGCUCGAGCACUGCUGGAGUGGCACAAUACCGCAAAAUUUUGUGGAGCUUGUGGAGCGAAGGCUGUUCCUACAGAAGCCGGAAGGCGUAAGCAGUGCAGCAACGAGUCCUGCAAGAAGAGGAUAUACCCUCGAGUUGAUCCAGUUGUGAUCAUGUUGGUCAUCGAUAAAGAAAAUGACCGUGCACUCUUAAGCCGCCAGUCAAGAUUCGUGCCUCGUAUGUGGAGUUGUCUUGCUGGUUUUAUAGAGCCAGGAGAAAGUCUGGAAGAGGCAGUGAGAAGGGAAACGUGGGAAGAGACUGGUAUUGAAGUCGGUCAAGUAAUAUAUCAUAGCUCACAACCGUGGCCUGUCGGUCCAAAUACCAUGCCAUGCCAACUUAUGGUGGGUUUCUUUGCAUAUGCUAAAUCAUUGGAGAUACAUGUGGAUAAGCAGGAGCUUGAAGAUGCCCAGUGGCACAGCCGUGAAGACAUCAAGAAAGCGCUGACAUUUGCAGAAUAUGAGAAAGCUCAGAGAACCAGCGCUCUAAAGGUCAAUCAAAUGUGCAAGGGGGCUGAGAAAGGGCAGAGCAUCACCGAAGACUUAAAAGUGGGAAGUGGCGAACCAGUUCCUAUGUUCGUCCCUGGACCCUUUGCCAUUGCUCAUCACCUAAUAUCGGCAUGGGCUUUCGAGGGAGCACCAAAGCUGCCUAGUUCCUUCUCAAAUCUAUAAGCCUGGACCCUAAGGUAGGGUCCCUAUUGUUCAGAUCAUUGGACGGAAGGUAUAGGGAAUUGGAAUCCUUGCAGGCACAUGAAUCAUGCCUUGCGUUCUUGUGAGUUUUGAUAUGGUACUAUUCAUUGCCAGUUGUAAUAAAAGGUCAAGAGAAAUACUAGCUAGGUACAGGAGAUUUGCCGAAAGAAUUUGGCGUCACUGGACAUUUCUAUCCGUUGUUUGUCACAUUUUGAUGGUUCUAGUACAUGGUAUGUGAUGUGUAUAGAUACAGCACAAGUACACUCAUGUAUAGUUACGCAGAGAACUGGAAUGAAGCCUGAUUUUCCAUCUUUACCU